UGCCGCCGCCGCCCCGCCGCGACCACUGCCUCCCCCUGCCCUGCAGCCGUCUCCACCGCCGCCGUCUGGGUCGCCGCCGCCUCGGGACCGGCUGUAUGAUUAGGCCACAAUCUUCAAUGAGUAAACAUAUUCCUCAGUUCUGUGGUGUUCUUGGUCACACAUUUAUGGAGUUUCUGAAGGGCAGUGGAGAUUAUUGCCAGGCACAGCACGACCUCUAUGCAGACAAGUGAACUGUAGAAAUUCAUUACUACUCCACCAAGAAGCCCCCAUAUGAGUGGUUAACCUGGACACAGAGGUGUUGAAUUGAAAACUGCAGAGCAUUUUACAAGAGUUCUGACCUGGAUGGGGUAAACCUCAGUGCACUUCCUUUCUAUUGCCUCAGUAUUACUGGAUUGAAGAAUUGCUGCUUCUUGUUAGGAGGUUCAUUUCAUUUCCCAUUACUCCCAACUUCACUCAAAGCACUGAGAAUUUCAAGUGGAGUAUAUUGAAGUAGACUCAGUUUCUUUGCAUCAUUUCUGUAUUCAAUUUUUAAAUUCUUUCAUAACUUUAUUGAGUGUUUUUUAACUAAAUUAUCAUGGCUCGAAUGAACCGCCCAGCUCCUGUGGAAGUCACAUACAAGAACAUGAGAUUUCUUAUUACACACAAUCCAACCAAUGCGACCUUAAACAAAUUCAUAGAGG